CCGCAGACAGACAGGAGCUCCACGGUGAUUAAUGAUUGGCGAUCGAUUCGUUCUUCGGUUCGAUUCGUACAACGGGUUUUGAUUCAGAGUGGACAAUUUUUUCAGGCACGUUUUGCCAAAUCAAUCUUUAGACCAGAACAAUUUUUAUGGAAAUCUUCUAUCCACAAUCUUUUGUCAUCUCUUGGCAGCCUUCGACUUUCCAUAUCUUUCCCGCUCAUAUCAGAUCACCAUCUUUCUGGAGAGGAUGGAUAGGUUGAGUGGGAACAAUGCGACUGCAUUGAACAGCUCCGUAGACAUGUGGUCAUUCAAUGAACACAUUUCGUCCCAGCACCUGAAACCCGGGGAGCUGAGGGUUUUGGUGCCGGCGGUCCUGGGAGUCAUAUGUGUCCUGGGUGUGGCUUUUAAUCUCACUGCAAUUGUCAUCUUGUUCUCAAAUGCGCAUAGGGGCAAACUGUCUCUCAUCAACUCCCUCAUCUUCAACCUGAUGUUUGCAGAUGGGCUGGUGCUCGCGUUCGCGAUGCCUUUCAGGGCGGCUUUCUACUCCAAGGCGACCUGGGAUGUGGGCUGGGUGGUGUGCAAGACGGCCGACUGGUUCCUUCAGUCCUGCAUGGCUGCAAAGAGCUUCACAGUGGCAACAUUGGCCAAAGCUUGCUACUGCUACGUGUCCAACCCCACCAAGCAGGUGAGCAUCCACCUGGGCUCCAUCCUGGUGGUGCCCUUCUUCAUCUGGCUCUGCGCCUGCUCCGUCACCAUCCCCCAAUGGCUGUUCGCUACACUGCAGAGGGAAAUCCGCAGGGUGGUGUGCGUGCUGAUGGUUCCUCCUGAAGCCCGGAAUUUCAUGAUGGUGUACGUCAAAGCCUACCCCUUGGGGGUGUACUGUGCACCUCUCAGCUUUGCCCUGGUGUAUUUCUGGAGGGCUUACAGCCAGUGUCAGCGCCGCUCCAGCAAGGCUCAGAAUCUGCGCACACAGAUCAGAUCCAGGAAGCUCACCUUGAUGUUAUUCAGCCUGACUGUGGCUAUGGCUAUUCUCUGGCUUCCUCAGUGGUUGGUGUGGGUCUGGGUGCGUCACAUUGCAGAAAAAGAAGUUGAAGGAGCUCAGCCUCUCCUCUCCUCUCCUCCCCUUCUUCUAACCCUCUCGGCUCAGCUUCUCACCUUCUCCCUGUCGCUGGUGAACCCUCUCAUUGUGCUCUCCCUCUCCGAGGAGUUCAGAGACGGCUACAGGGGGCUGUGGCGGCGCCUCACCUUGCGCAAACAACCCCCACCGAAGCCCGGACCGCACAACCCCACCUCUCUCCAGUCGCCUUGCCCCAGACCAGAGACCUCAGUCCAGCUCAGAGGGCAGAGGAGCCCUCGAUCGAGCUACAGCCAAGGUCCCAGCGGAGACGCUCAACCCCAGCCGGAACAAGGCGGCGGACAAGAGGGACGAGGAGGGAGAGACAUCGACAGGGAGAGCCUCAAAGACGGCAUCGUCUUGCCUGACGUGGAGCAGUUCUGGCAUGAGAGGGAGACGGGAUCACUCACAGUGGAAAAUGAUCCCGUGCCGUGGGAGAACCAGAGCAAAGAGGGCAAAUAGGAACAACCACCUGCGGAUCCAGCCGAUCAUAACAUUUUCUUCACUACAAUCGAGACAGCAGCAGCAGCAGCUUCAUCACCGGGUCUCAGCUGAGUCCUCCGUGCUUCACCAUGACUCAUUGGUAUUCAAUCAACUGUGUGUAUGAUAUUAAUCAAAAGGUAAGAAGGAAAUCAGUGUGGAAACAGAUAGAGCAGGAUCAUCUGUAUAUAAGAUAAAAUUGGAGUCAUAUCUUUUUGUUGUUUAAGGAGGAAGAACUCAAUUAUAAUUAGUGUAAGUGUGAAUUUCGGUGUCUGUAAAUUAAAGCUACUGGUGAGGAUGAUGUAACCUCGAUACACAUAUACAGCCUAUACAUCUUUGUUAUUGCAUAGCGCUUUUAGUAAAACAAAGUGAUUGUGCAUUUUUCAUGUGAAAGUGAAAGAUCCUGUGUUUCCUGUCCUCAAAAAGAUUAUUUUGUUAUCAUGUAUUAGUGUUCACAAUAAAGAGAGAUCUGAAUAAA